UUUCAAUUGCCCGCGGACUCUUGAUUAAAGCGGAGGUAUUUUUCGAGUGCCGGCACUCUUUCGGCGAAAGCGGAUGAUUGUUUAAAAAUCUGUGCGUACGCGCGUAUAUUCCUUUAACUAAUCGGGAUUGAUUGCUUGCGCGGUUAUUGCUUAAUUGCAGUGAGAUUUUUGGUUCUAUUGAAAGUGGCUAAUGUUCGUUUAGUGGAAUUUAUUGCACUGCAGAUGCUGCAAAUUAUACUAGAACACACACACACACAUCGGCAAAACAACUGUUACGCCUACGCAGCAGCGGCAACAACAACAACAACAACAGCAGCAAGGGAAUUAGCAGCAACAAUUUUCCACCCAUAGAGGGAAAUAACUGUUCCUAGUUCCUCCCACUCCAGCAUAACUAUUUUUUAUUACUUUGUGUAAUCUUUUGAUCAAUCUGAUUGAGUGCUAUCGCUAUAAAAAGACUACGAUAGCCCAGAACAACAGUAAUCUUUAGGCAAAAGUACAUGCCUCCUUUGUGCGCCACUUAAUCAGUAUAGCCAACAGUUGAUUACUAUUCUGAUCUCUCGAAUCUAUGCACUAUUCGUCAUGGUCUUACCAAGAACUGAUUAAGAAACGUACUCGAUCGUUUCGGCUUCCAACAACAUGUAUCAGCGAGAUAUCAAAGUUCACUGCCUUAAUCCAAACAAAAGCAAUUGGACACUUCGCUGAUAAGACUUGAGCAAUUCCCAGUUUAAACGGACCCACCUGUGAGGGGGCUCCUCAGUUUUAAUUGUCCGAUCGGCGGUAUCGGACGUGUGCCGACCUUCUUAAGGUCUUUCAAAGAAAAAGGAUCCUUUGCGGUUAAGUAGCUCCCAAAAAUGGCUUGUACAUGCGAAGUUAUUGGACUGGCCUGCGUGGUGGCUUUAAUCCUAAGCGCCACGGCCAAGGCUCCCUAUCAGAUGCGCAUGUUCUUUAUAUUUUUUGGAGCUGGUCUGAUAGUCUUUCUGUGCGUGCCCUUUAUGAUUCUGCGACCGCGAGACUAUCGAAAUGCGCUUUUUCCAUCAUGGUGCUUCCGGCAGCUUUGCCGCCUGGUGGGCAUAACAAUGGAGGUUCGUGGUCUGGAGAAUGUCCGUAAGGACCAUGGGGCAGUGGUGAUAAUGAACCACCAAAGUGCUGUUGAUCUUUGCGUUCUGGCCUAUUUGUGGCCUGUGAUCGGAAGAGCAACAGUUGUCUCCAAGAAGGAGGUUCUCUACAUCCCAUUCUUUGGCAUUGGAGCAUGGCUCUGGGGUACCCUAUACAUCGACCGCUCCCGCAAGACCGACUCGAUCAACUCUCUGCAAAAGGAGGCGAAGGCGAUACAGGAGCGCAACUGCAAGCUACUGCUCUUCCCUGAGGGAACGCGCAACUCCAAGGACUCGUUGCUGCCCUUCAAGAAGGGCUCAUUCCACAUCGCACUGCAGGGCAAGAGCCCCGUUCAGCCGGUGGUCAUAUCGAAGUACUCAUUCAUGGAUGACGAGAAAAAGACAUUCCGUCCUGGCCACGCCCUAAUCCACAUCCUACCCGAGGUGUCCACCGAGAAGUACAAGAGGGAGGACGUGCAGCUGCUGAUCGACGAAUGCCAGUCCAUCAUGCAGACGGAGUACACAAAGCUGAGCAAAGAAGGCCAAGCCUUGAGCUCAAAGAAGCAGGCAUAGGACUGGAUAGGUUACGAUCAAACUCAGGUUAUAAAAAAGUUACACCCAAACGUUUCGGGUUUAAAUUUACAAUCGAUCCACAAGAUUUGCCUAUCCAUGGAUGAGAAAAAUCAAAGGCAACAGAAUGCCGUUACUUGAGGGACGUAAAACCGUUGGCCUAGUGUUAAGUUACACAAUAUCACUCCAUGGGUGAAUUUUCGAUUAAUAUUAACUGUUUUACCUCCAGUACAUGCAUGUGUAUGCCCAGAGCUUUUUUCGACUAAGCGAGAUAAAAACAGGAAGAUAAAUUUUACAAACGAAGUAAGCGCAUUUGUUGGAUGUUUAGCUUUAUGCAAAUAUUGUAUUGAUUUAUAUGUGAAUAAUGAAAUGAGACCUAUUUAAUAAAACAUUUUGCACUG